UCUGCAAGCACAAGGUAAAUACAAAACCUUGUUUUCAGCGAGCAAACGUCAUACAGCUACCCCGAAAAGGCAAACUGUUUUGUGCUCAACACUUUCCAGUAAUCGGUUUUAAUUCUCAAUUUAUUGAUCAAAUACGUAAACAUCGCGAAAAUUUCACUCAUCUCGGGCAGCGAAAUGAGUCUACUUAACUGUUGUAGACUUUGUUUAGUAGACUUAGUCCAGGCUGAUGAAGAAGAUGAGCCUUAUUAUUGUGUAUUUGGAACAACUAUAGAUGAUCGGCCACUACCAGAUCUGGUGGAGGAAUACUUCGGUAUUGUGAUUACGGAAGAUGAAAAAAUAAACAAAAUAUGCGAAUCCUGCUACAGUGACGUGCAUAGCGUCUUUAGGCUGAAAAAUCGAUUUCUGCAGGCUGAUGCCACUAUAAAGAGUUUUUAUUGUAAGCUUGAGUUCGAACUUGAGGCGGAAUAUUUGGAGAGUUCUGCUGAAGCCGAUGAUGACGAACAGAACAGCAUUAUAGUUGAAGACAACUUCCCCGAUACAGACGAGGAAAUUAAGGUUGAACCGGAUGAUUUGUUUCUUGACGAAAAUGUCGAUGAUACCCCAGAAGAGGAAGUCAAAAUUGAAAUAGAGUCGAAUCUUGUAAAAGAUGAACAAAAACAAUUGCCGCCUAAACCUCGUCGUAAGGGUUGGCGUAAAGGAUGCAAAAGCAAAGUCAAGAAGGUUAAAUGUUUCACCUGUUAUAUUUGCACUACGGAUUUUGAUACACUGGAUCAGUUGGAUGAGCAUAUACCGACACACGUUGGACUAGUUUCACCAGUUUGUACCUUUUGCAACAAAGAAGUAACGACAAUGCGUCAUUUAAACAUGCAUCUUCAACGGACUCAUUAUAGGAAAGGGGACCGAAUACCUUGCGAAGAGUGCAAACAGGAUGGUAUUACGAAGGAGUUUUCAUCAACAUAUCAUUUACAGGACCAUGUGAAAAGAGUUCAUGAAGGUAUUAAAGAAGUUCCGGAAAGAAAAUUCGUAUGCUCUUAUUGCGGGAAAAAUUUCAACCGAGCAUCCAACUUGAGACUACACGAGAAUAUCCAUACGAAAGCUGUUUUGUUUAAAUGCAAAUAUUGUACUACAUUUGUAGGUACUUCUAGAAGUGGGUUGAUUAGACAUGAACGCAUUCACACUGCCGAAAAACCGUUCAAAUGUGAUGAAUGUGAUGCUCAAUUUACUCAAUCAAACGGACUAACGUUGCAUAAGAAAUACCGCCACACUGACGAACGACCGUAUUCAUGUGAUCUGUGUCAGGGAGAGGUUAGCUUCAAAAGUAAGUACACGCUUCGUAAGCAUCUUCGAAGUCAUGAAGCUCCCGGAAGAAUCAGGGACGGCAUGAGAAAAGAUACCGUGGAAGCACCUACUUCUGAACCGGAUAUAAAGUGUAACUUCUGCCCAGCUGUUUAUCACCACGAAAGACACCUGUGCAAACAUAUUCUGGCUAAACAUCCAUCCGAAACUGUUCCAAUGAUUCAGUGCGAAAUGUGUGCUGAAGUUGGUAAGAACACUUAUUUCAUAACGGAGAAAGUUAAAAACAUCCACAUUGGAAACCAUUUGAAAAAUCCACCUAGAAAAGUUAUACUCAAGGAGCGUCGGUGUAGGGAAUGUCCAGCAGUUUUUGAAACCGUCGAGGCGCUUACAAGACAUCGUCAGACUCACGUCAUUUACGCGUGCAAGGAGUGCGGCAAAACGUACAAAAGAAGAGCUGGUUUGCGCUUGCACUGCCUUUCGGUACAUUAUGCAUCCCGUCCGUAUAAAUGUGAUAAGUGCGAUGCAGCGUACGGCCAAUUCACGCAACUUACUGCACACAUGAAGAGUCAUCGAUAGGCUGAUGUGCUUGGGAAUGGUUUUGAUAGCAUAGUUAUUUUUUGAACUGCUUAGAAAUAAAGAAUACUUAAAAAUCUA